CAAGUUUUUUAUGAAUUUUGCUCAACUUUACGGCACUUGCUGCCGCACGAUGACACCGCCAAGCGGCCCAGGGGUCGCUUUAAAUUGGCUGCGCCUCUCGGGCCACGGAUUCCGUUGGAUCCGAAUCGCGCGAGUUGGCAGCCCGGCGCUGCCGCACCCCCACCCCGCCGCCGAACGCCUUCUCUGCACGAAAACAACAAUCGGCUUCCGACAGCAAAUGGACCACACAAUACCGCCCAAGGAGUUCAAAUGGACGCCGGGCAACCUGAUCAACGAGAACUUCAAGUUGGGCGACCAAGGACAUGUUUGCGUGGUGCUCAACCGCCAGAUCCAGGUGCCGGCGCACGUGGUCAAGCUGUUGUGGAAGAACGCCGCCGUUCGCUGUGCCGUCGAUGGAGGCUCCAAUCACUGGCGUGACUUUGUCGUGGGUCAGGCAAUGUCAAAGAUGUCGAAAGGCAGCUCACCACUUGAACCAUUGGACGUGAUAACGGGUGACUUUGACUCCAUCUCAGAGGACACGGUGGACUUCUUCAAGACCACACCGAAAGUGCACACACCCGAUCAGGAUGCCACGGACUUCACCAAGGCCAUCGCCGUGCUGCAGCCCGUGAUGGCGCAGCGCAAAAUUCGGGAUGUGGUGGUGUUCCAUGACACCUCCGGCCGUCUGGACCAGGUGAUGGCUAACCUGAAUACGCUGUACAAAUCUCAGAAGGACAACUGCAAUGUGUUCCUGCUCAGCGGGGAUUCGGUUACAUGGCUCCUGCGACCGGGCAAGCACACGAUACAGGUGCCCGUCGACCUGGUCACCAGCCAGCGGUGGUGCUCCCUGAUGCCCGUGGGCUCCACGGCGCACAAUGUGACCACGACUGGCCUCAAGUGGAACCUAUAUCACGCACAAAUGGAGUUCGGUGGCAUGGUCAGCACAUCGAAUACCUACGCGACGGAGUUCGUCCAGGUGGAGACGGACGCCAACCUGAUCUGGUCCAUGGGCGCCUACGAAUUCGAGGAGAAGGUGCGCCAGACCGUCAAGUCAUGAGAGGCUACGGGAGGGAACUAAGUACUUAAGUAAGGGUUUGGAUAACGCCAACGUUCAAUGCUAAUGAUCAAAGCGGAAACCAAUUGUUUUUUUUUCUGUGUGAAGCGAUUACUAUAGUGCUGUUAUUGUUUAACAAAAUGAAAGUUUAUGUAAAAAUUCGAA